UUGGUGGCUUUCUCUUUCUAAUGGUUUGUUUUCUAUCAUCAACUUGGAAGAUUGCUCAGAGGAACCGAGUUUGAGGUCUGAACGCAAAGAGAUGGCGGGAAGUGGAACAUACCUGAUGGAAGCGGCUCUACCGUUUCCGGUGAUGAUCGCCAUGGAGUGUAUCAACGUCGGUCUCAACACUCUUUUCAAAGCCGCCACCGCCUCCGGCAUGAGCCACCAUGUCUUCGUCGUCUAUUCUUACUCCCUGGCCGCGCUUCUCCUCCUCCCUUCUCCCUUCAUCUCUCGCAGAUCCAGGCGUCUACCACCUCUGAGUUUCUCUGUACUUUCCAAGAUCGCGCUUCUCGGACUCAUCGGUUCUUCUUCGCAGAUUAUGGGAUACACAGGAAUCAAUUACAGUUCUCCAACGCUUGCUUCCGCUAUCAGCAACCUUGUUCCUGCUUUCACUUUCAUCCUCGCCGUCAUUUUCAGGAUGGAGAAAGUGGUAUUGAAGAGGCAUAGCAGUCAAGCCAAAGUGAUGGGCACCAUAAUAUCCAUAUCAGGUGCCUUUGUGGUCACUCUUUACAAGGGCCCAAGGAUUGUUUUGUCUUCAGCGCCCUCGUCGCUUUCUCUUCAUCAUCCAUUGGCCUCUUCCCACUCUAAUUGGCUCAUUGGCAGCCUUCUCUUGACUGCUGAAUACAUCUUGGUUCCCCUUUGGUACAUUGUUCAGACAAGAAUUAUGAAGGAAUACCCAGACGAGGCAACAGUGGUCUUCUUCUACAACUUAACAGUGGCCUUCAUAGCUGCCAUUGUUGGGGUGGUUUUAGAGACAGAUCCAAGCGCUUGGAUUUUGAGGCAACAUAUAGCAUUGGCCUCUGUUUUAUGCUCUGGACUUUUUGGAUCAUGCUUGAAUAAUACAGUUCAUACAUGGGCACUCCGCUUGAAAGGACCGGUGUUCGUAGCGAUGUUUAAGCCAUUGUCGAUCGUUGUUGCCAUCGUAAUGGGUGUUCUAUUUCUUGGUGAUUCACUAUAUCUUGGAAGUGUUGUUGGAGCAUCCAUAAUAUCCAUAGGGUUUUAUACUGUGAUGUGGGGAAAAGCAAAGGAGGAGAGGGGCGUUGGAGAAGAAAAAGAAGAAGGCCAUACCCAUAAUCUUAGUGGUAACAAGGAAUCACAUGAAGAUCAGAGAGUACCUCUUCUUGGAAGCUACAACACACACAGACACAGUGCAGACAAUGUAUAAAUAUCCAACUUUUAUUCACCAUCCAAGCUAUGGCUAUGGCUAAGCUUGGGAGGAAACUGUACCAUUUGUAGCAUGCCGUAGGGUAGUAAUGAAUGAAGGGUUAAUUUAAAUG